AUGGAAAUUUUUCAUACGAUGAAGAAACGGAGUAAAGUUAGAAAGGGGACAAUUGCGAUGAAAUUGGAUAUGAGCAAAGCCUAUGAUCGGGAAGAGUGGUAUUUUCUGGAAAAUUUAUUGCUUAAAAUGGGGUUUGCAGAUCGAUGGGGGGUUGAGAUAGGACGAUCCUCUGUCACCAUAUCUCUUUAUUAUGGUGGCCGAUGCUUUUUCGGCUCUAAUAAAAAGGCAUCGGAUUACAGAUUGGUUCAUGGUGCUGGGGCUAGUAGGAAAAGGCCGAAAAUCUCUCAUCUCUUCUUUGCCGACAACAGUCUGCUACUUGCAAGGGCCAAGCGUGUGGAAUGCUCAAAGAUAGUUGAUAUACUCAACAUAUAUGAAGCAACUUCCGUAGUGAAAAUUAACUAUGAAAAAUCGGAGGUCUCUUUUAGCAAAGGCGUAAAUGUUUCGAAACAGGAAGAGUUGGUUGAUUUACUGCAGAUGCGGCUUGUAGUUAAACAUGAAAAAUAUCUUAGGAUUCCUACUGUCAUCGGAAGAUCUAAGAGAAUGGUGCUUGCGGCCUUGAAAGAUAGAAUAUGGAAAAAGUUGCAGGGCUACAAAGGGAGGCUUUUAUCGAGAGCCGAGAAGGAAGUUCUUAUAAAAUCAGUGAUCCAAGCCAUCCUGACUUAUUUGAUGGGGGUGUACAAGUUGCCUAAUAGUGUCAUCGAGGAAAUUCGUGGCCUUACAGCAAGAUUUCGGUGGGGAAAUUCGGAUUCUAGAAGGAGAGGAGCUAAAUCCCUUGUGAAAGAAGGGCUGAUAUGGAGAGUAGGAGAUGGUUCUAAAAUCAGAAUUUUUGAUGACCCGUGGGUCGUGGAUGAGAAUUGGAGGUUUGUUUGUACUCCUAGAAUAGACAAGCUGAUUGUGGUCAAGGACUUGGUAGAUGCUGAAACGAAGGACUGGAACUAUGAAUUACUCUCUGGUAACUUUGAGGAGAGGGAUGUUAGAUGUAUUUUGUCUAUACCUCUUAGUCAUAGAGUUCAGGAUGACAUCUUGACUUGGGCAUUUUCCAAAGAGUGUCUAUAA